UCACCACCGCAAUUCUGUCCUCCGCACUCCGUCUUCGCAAAGGAAGUCAGCGAUGAGUGUGAGGUUGCCACGGAUCCGAACAACCUGAAAAAAUCUCCGAUAGAGAAAUGGUUCAAAGAAGAAAUGUUCAAUGAUCUUUUCCCAAAGGCAAAUCUCGGACUAGGACCUCAUGACUGUCUACCGUAUUCCUACAAAUCGUUCAUCAUAGCAGCUCGAUAUUUUCCGGAAUUUGGCGGCGAAAGUUCGAACAAGGUGUACGAGCCCGCACACCACCAAAGACGUGACGUUGCUGCGUUCUUUGCCCACGUACUCCAGGAAACGGGAGAAAACGACAUCUCUCUAUACAACACAAGUUUGUCUGAUGUGGAAAAAGCCGACUGUUUCUAUCGAGGCGGCUUUUACAAUUGGUUUGAACGCGACAGUACUAAAAUGUUCCCGUUGACAGAUGCACAGAAGAAGGUCGAUACUGCAAAAGAGCUGUCGUGGAACUACAACUAUGGUCUAUUCCAACAAUUUCUACUAUCUAGAGGCAUAAAAGUCGAUCUAAUCAACAAUCCAAAUCUGGUUGUCACCAAGAUGGAUCCGCCAUUGGCAAUGUUGGCCAGCCUGUGGUUCUAUAUGACACCGCAACCACCGAAACCCUCGAUGCACAGCAUUGUGGUAGGUGAUUGGCGACAAUCGGAAAAGAACAGACGUGCAGGAUUCAGUGGACCGAUUUUUGGUCCAACCAGUCUUGUGAUCAACAAUGAAUGCGGUGGUGAGGACACUGAAGAACCAGGUAGGACUUGA